CAGCAGCAGCAGCAGCAGCAGACCGACUCCAACCAACAGAAGCUUCUCUCUCCAACUUCAUCAGAGUCCAUUCGACGGAUCAUCCACCCUGAACUCUCACCACCAUGGCUGAUCAAAGUGUCACCCCGACCGCCUCUGAUCCCCCCCCUCCUCCCACCGGACCCCGUCCCAAAUCCACGAACCGCGGCCGCACCUCGGAUCCCAUCUCCAGCUCCAACUCUGACUCAACGGACAUACCUGAGUUUGAGCCCUUUGGUUUACCCGGCCCGAGAGGAUUUCCACCCCUGACCGACUAUCUUGACAUCUGGGACGUGGACAUGAUGAGGAGGCCAGAUCAGCCGAACAAGCAGGAGCACCACACCAAUCUGUUCAACUCUGACUAUCUCAUCGUCCGCCGAGGACAAGAGUUCCAGGUCAAGAUCACCUUCAACCGUCCCUACAAACCUGCUACAGACAAGUUCGCUUUGGAGUUUGUCAUUGGCUCCAGCCCUCACUACAGCAAGGGCACCUACAUUCCCGUCUUCACCACCAAGGAGCGCCAGAGCUCCUGGGAAGGCCGCAUCACAAACACCGCCGACAACUCGGUCACCAUGGCCGUCACUCCUGCUGCAAACUGCAUUGUGGGGAAGUACCACAUGUACGUGGCUGUGGUGACACCCUUUGGCGUCCGCAGGACCAGAAAGGAUGACCGCAGAAACCUCUACAUCCUCUUCAAUCCCUGGGCUUCAGCUGAUGCUGUGUUUCUGGAUGAUGAGAAAGAGAGGCAGGAGUGUGUGAUGAACGAGGUGGGGAUCAUCUACCACGGCGCCUACGAUGACGUGUCUGAGAGAGACUGGAACUAUGGACAGUUUAACUACGGAGUCCUGGACGCCUGUCUGUACAUCAUGGACCGUGCUGAGAUGCCCAUCACCAACAGAGGAGACGCCGUCAGGGUGGCCAGAAAGGCCUCUGCUAUGCUGAACUCCCGUGAUGACGAAGGCGUGCUGGUGGGGAACUGGAGCGGUGAAUACACUUACGGAGUGGCUCCGACCUCCUGGACCGGCAGCACAGACAUCCUGCUCGGCUACGCCAGCAGCAAGAUGCCCGUCUGCUACGCUCAGUGCUGGGUCUACGCUGCCGUCUUCAACACCUUCCUACGCUGUCUGGGCAUCCCUUCUCGCGUCGUCACCAACUUCUACUCUGCUCACGACAACGAUGGAAACCUGAAAACCGACAUCAUUCUGGAUGAGAAUGGCAGGAUUGACCGCAACCGCACCAGAGACUCUAUCUGGAACUAUCACUGCUGGAAUGAGUGCUACAUGUCCAGACCAGACCUCCCAGCCGGCUUUGGAGGCUGGCAGGCUGUGGAUGCAACACCACAGGAGACCAGCGAUGGCUUGUACAGAUGUGGUCCAGCAUCAGUCCAGGCCAUCAAACACGGGCAGAUCUGCUUCCCAUUCGAUGCUGCCUUUGUGUUUGCUGAGGUCAACAGCGAUGUGGUGUUUUAUUCCAGGAACAAAGACGGCACAAUGGAGCCGGUCAAAGUGAACCGUACUCAUGUGGGCCGCAUGAUUCUGACCAAAAAUCCAGGAGACAUGAGCCGCCGCGAAAUCACAGAUCAAUACAAGUUUCCUGAAGGCAGUGCGGAGGAGCGUACCGUCCUGGAGAAGGCAGACGAGUUCGGCUGUAAGCGAGAGAAGUCCGACCCCCCUGUGGCUGACGUGGACCUGGUCCUGCCGACCCUGGAAGUCACCGUGGGCGACGACUUCGUGCUGAGCCUGGAGUUCACAAACCGCAGCGACCAGAAACGUACCGUGGACGCCUACAUCAGCGGGAACAUCGUGUUUUACACCGGAGUUACCAGCUCCGAGUUCCUGUUCAAUGACCCCACAGUGACGAUGAGCCCCAACAAAAGUGUGAAGGAGUCUGUGGUGAUCGAGUCAAGGCAAUACAUGAAGGAUCUGGUGGAACAGGCCAACCUCCACUUCAUUGUUACCGGAAAGGUCAAGGAGACCGGCCAGAUCGUCUCUGCCAUGAAAGUGGUCACCCUGCACAACCCCAAACUCACCGUCACGGUGCCUGUCGGAGGUAAAGUGAACGAAGAGAUGACGGCGACUGUGGAGUUUACAAACCCGUUCGCCUUCAACCUGGAGGAAGUCUACAUGCGCAUGGAAGGACCUGGGCUCAUGUUGCCAAAGAGCAAAUACUUCAGUCUGAUCCCGGCUGGCUCCUCUCUGAUCUGGGCCGAGAUCUUCAUCCCGCAGAGGGCCGGCACCAGCAGAGUGAUCGUCUCUCUGGACUGUCCCGCCCUCAGGCAGGUCGCCGGCCAGGCGACCGUCACCAUCGCGCCCUGAAGGAUCACCGCCACCGUACGACAUUCAACUCACUAACACAAUAUCAGCCAAUAGCGUAGAAACUGUAGGCCUGACAGCUUAGACAGGUGUAGCUUCAGCAUUUAUGAUAAACACGGUGACAGUUUCAGUCAUAAGAAAAAAAGAAACAUCUCUUAUCAGUUAGUGCAAUUUGUUAAUGCAAGUUUACAAAGAGGCUUUAUACCGUAUCAAACAGCUUUUUAUGAUAAGAAUUAAUCCAAUAUCAAACUAUUUUUGUGGGUAAAAAACAACAUUUAAAAAAAAUAUGACUGCUACUUAAGUUUCUUUUUGUUAAAUUUUCCAAAUUUAAAAAAAAAAAAAAAUCUUACUAACGAGUGCAUAUGGCUGUCUCCGAAAUCACUGCUUCAUUUAAUCAUUCACUUCUCAUUAUAUAAUAAGGGCUGUUGUAUUAACAUAGUAAACUUUCAUAAUGUUAUACUUCUGUGUCACAAAUAUGCAUGAGUAUUAAUCAUCACGAAUAUAUAAGUUACAUAAUUAUCACAUACAAGGAGUGUGUAAUACCAUAAAAAAGACUCUCAGACUCCAAUAAACUUGUCAAAACUGGUUUAAACUUAGGGGAAUUUAGGGGAAUUCCAGUAGUUUCUAGUAGAACCAGGCCCAAUGAGAUCAAGGGGACCAAAUUAAACGAUAUAACACUCUUGUAAUGAAGAGGAAGUGAUAAUUUUAGAAAAUUAGGAGGAGAUUCACCAGAUAGUAGGAGGAGAUAAGAGUUAUAUAAUUAGAUGCCAAUAUAUAUAAACAGACAAAUUUGAAAUCUUCAGGAACAUAAACUCGGGUCUCAUUCUUGUUUGAGAAUAAACUCUUUUACUUCUAACUCUGACGGGCUCUUUCCUUCAGACGUUAUGAGUAAAUCAGUUUUCUAAAGUGGCUGAAUGUUCAAGAGUCCACAUGAUGAAAGUAGUCAGUUAAUCUCUGUGGCGGCUCAGACAGGACACACAAGACAUUUCACUCGGUAGUCAGCAGAAAACUGAGAUGUCCGACACUUGCCGUGGAAUUUUUUUAAUUUGUUCCAUUGUAAAAACCUUUGCGGUCGAUAUGUGGUUCCAAACUUCCACUCCCAGAAUUAAGACACAAGGAAAAAAAUCAAUACACUGUAGAAUAAAAAAGGGAUUUGGGACACAGCCUGUAUUUUAAAGCUGCAUUAAUCAUUUUAGGCCACUAGGGGGCAGGUUUAUGAAAAAAAACAAGCAAACAUGUAUUGUCUUGUGACAUUAUUAGUCCAGGUAAAACCAAUAAUUUUCAUUCAGAUUUUACAGGUUGAAUGAUAAAGAAUGUUGCUUUGCAGAAAGUGUCCAACUUCUGAUGGUAUCAGUUCAUCAAGUUAUGCUAAAAUCCACUGUAAGAUUAAUCAGUAAGAAUAAGAAAAAGUGAAUAUUUUCUGAUUCCAUCUUCUUAAAUGUGAAUAUAUUCUGACAGUAAACUGAAUAUCUUUGAGUUGUGGCUGAAACAAGACAUUUGAUGCAUUAAUAAAACAAAAAAACAAACAAACAAAACAAAAAGGAGCUGACCACCACAAAAUAUUUACUUCUGAUGUGACAUCUUAUGAAAUGAUGUGCUGUAUGUCUCAUUUAUUAAACAGCAUAUUGAUUAAAGAAGCUUUAACUUGAUUUUCUAUGCAACUGCGACUUUCCACUCUUUUCUAUCGCUCUAUAAAAUCUGUUUCUGCCUAAUUUUUUAUUUGUACAAGCACAAAUGCAAAUAUCAAC